ACGGAGGCAGAGCAGGCAAGACAACAGAGUAGUUCUGGCACGAGGAGCAGAUAUGAAGUUCCUGGUUGUGGUAGCAGCGGUGGUGGCGUGCGCUGGCGCUCGCUCAAUCAACGCCGGUUGGGUCCUUCCGCCAGGCAACAUCGGCACCUCGGGCAUCCUGCGCAAGGAUGGCUCCACCGAUCUCUUUAGCCAUGACUUCGCUCACGACAUCGUUGCCAUCGGACCCUCUGGCAUCGUCCUAAAGAACGGCCCACCCGUUCAGCUCGACGCCGACCUCAAGAUGGUGGGCCGCAGCAAGCGCUCCUCCGGCGCUGGAUACGUCCUUCCCGCUGGCAACCUCGGCUACUCCGGAAUCGUGCGCAAAGACGGCACCGUCGAUCUGUUCGACUUCGCCCACGACAUCGCCGAGAUUGGUCCUUCUGGCAUCGUCUUGAAGAACGGCCAGCCCAUCCAGCUGGACGCCGACCUCAGGAUAGUCGGACGUUCCAAGCGUCACGUCAUUGGUGACACCGGCAUGAUCACUGACUGGGGUCAGAUCAUCCAGUUCAGGGAGCCAUUCACCACAAUUGUCCACGAAGGCCCUAGUGGCAUCGUCCUCUCCGACGGCCAGAACAUCCAGAAGCCUCACCUCUGAAGCCCGGUUCUUGGCUAAUUAUCUUCCAACUUUGUUCAACAUUCUCAAGUCUGGGAAUGUAGAAAGGCAUUGAACUGAAGCUUUAAUGGAAAAAUUAGUACGUUAGCUUACGAUCAAGAAAAUAUUCUGAAAUACAGCACACCAGACAUUUCAGUCUUUGAUGAAAUCUUGUUAUAUUUUGUAUUGAUCAUUUGAUGAUUGAAUAAAAUCAUAAAAAUC